AUUGCGCAUUUGGACAUUUCAAUGUUGCCAUUUUGCGGGUUGCUACAGAACUGUAGUGGUGGUGUUGGUAAUUAACACCAAGACUUCGUAUUUUGAACUGAUAAUUUAGUGAGGAUUCGCCUUCACUUUGACGUGGAAGUCUUUCUUUUCUCCACAGUGAGAGAGGCAGACUUUACGCGCGGCGAACGCGCAGAGAACGCACGUGAUGUGCGCGCAGAGAUGGAACGCCUGAUUCUGUCAGUCACCGUCCGACGAUGAAGCACAGGUCGGUUCGUCGACGAGCACGGUUCUGACGCCUCUGGAAAGCGCGCAGUCCGAGUGUGUGUGCUCGACAUGGACGGACUGCAGUCCGGAAACACGGACCAGCAGCAGCAGCAGCAGUUCGGCGCGGUCGCCUACAACACCGCCUGCAGCACGCUGCUGGCCGUGGCCGUCUACGUGCUCCUCAAAGUCAGCCUGGACGGCUUCAGACAGUGGCGGGCCCGGAUCUCGAUGCUGAUCGUGGGUUCGGGUCCGGCGGGGUUGACGGCGGCGCUGGUCGCUGUCCGCUCCGGGAAGGUGCUGAAGCUGACCCUGCUGGAUGAGCGGUACCGGACCGCGCUGCUCUGCCGGCCCCAGCAGAUCGCUCUGGAUCCACGCAGCGUGAAGUUUCUGCUGAGACUCGGCGUGGAUUUCGAUAACAUGGAAGGCUGCUGGCACAACGAGCAUUUCUUCACUCGGAUCGGCGUGUUUCAGGAACACCUGCUGAGCAUCCUGGAGCAGAAAAAACUGAAGGUGGACGUCAAGGUGCAGCUGGGCACCAAGUUUACAGAGGAGUAUUUGCGGCGGAUGCCACAGAAUGAGUGGCCACGUGUGAUUGUGGUGGCUGACGGGUCAUGUGGCGACUCCUGUUCGGUGCUGGGCAUCACCUCUGACUACACUGUGGAGUCCUGCCAUGCCUAUGGAGCCAAUGCAACCAUAGAAAGACUAGACCAGAGACAGGUGCCAACUCCGGAAAUCCGUGCCCACAGCCUCUACUUUGACCUAUCUGCUUAUGGCAUAGGAGCCCCCAGAGAACACCGGAACCCCACAACCAAACCAGGCUUCCACCUGAAGAUCUACGGCACCUUCAGAAACCGCUACAUGGCCCUCGCCUGCCCCGCCACUGACACCAGGAUGGUUCGCUUCCUCAGGCACACUGCCAACUCCUCUAUCAUGAAGAACAUUUUCCACCAGUCUUUCAAUGCCUAUAAGACAGACAUCGAACCUCGCCUGAAUGAUAUGACGCUCCACCACAUGCAGUGCAGUCACCGUCUCUUCGAAAUUCAGUUGUCCCACAGGCGCAUCAAUGCAGCUUACAUAGAGGGAGAAAAUGUGGCUGUCACUGUGGAGGGCGAAGCUGCACGUAUCCUCAACUUUGACACAGGUUGUGGGGUGAAUCUCGGGAUGCGGGGUCUGGAAUCAUUGGACACUUUUAUCUACCGGGCGGCGACUGCUGUGGACCAGAACGAUGUUCUAGAGGCACUCUCUGCUAAGAUGCAGCACUCCAGACAGGUGGCUGAAACCUUCAAGAAGACAGGCCUGGCUGAGUCCAUUUUCAAAUGAAGCAGGAGCAGCUGGACAAUUCACACCGCGACACCCACAGGGUGGAGUGGGUAGUGCUGAUCAGCUGUUAGCAUUUACAACCUCACGAGUCAUGUAUCCGACCCUGAAAUGGGCGGUUAAUGGAUGUAUACCCACUAACCCAGCCAAUACAUAACGUUUUGGUAAUGUUAUAUAUUGGUUAUAUUUAGGUUAUGGUUAAUAAUUAAAUAUAUUAAUUCUAGUUUCACUGUCUUUCUUACUCAAAAUUUCUUUCAAUGACUAGAUUAUGACUUUAGGUAACAUGACCAGAAUGUUCUGGGAACCAAAAAGAAACACUCUGAAAAACAUUCACAAACCUUCCCAUAUCAAAUGUUGUGGAAACCAAAACAAAAACAAACCUUUCCUCUGAAACAUUCCGAGAACUUUACAGCUCACGUUCUAAUAACAUUUGACAAAUGUUCUUAUAACAUUUUUGGAACUUUAUUUUGUUAUUUUUGUAUAACAUUCUGGGGACGUAUUUGAGACUUUUACAUAGAAUGAAUGCUUAAAUCGUUAUUAUAAUCAUUGUGUUGCAAGUUCCAAUUUUAAGCUAAAUGUAUUAUUUGAUUAUGUUCAGUGAUAAUAUA